GGGAGUGCGAGGCUGCUGCAGUGGGAGACACACGCACGUCCGGAGGACCUUCACACACUAUCCUCUGCGGGUUGAUUUUGCAACUUGUCUCGCAUUUUGAUGAACACUUGCCACGUCUGUUUUUGUUUUUUUUCCUGGGGGGUUGUGUUUUUUUUUUCUCUGUGCGAUUGGAUAAAGGAAAAUUUAGGAAUUAUUAGCGGGAGUUUUUGAAGGAUGACGUCUUGGUGAUUUGGCUCCCUCUGUUAUUAGACACAUCUUUUUGGUCCCGAUACGCAGGACGCAGCAUUGCGCACUGCCAUUUUGGAUUACCGCACUGUCUUCCUUUGAAUUUGUCCUCAUGAAAUGUGCAGGCAAAUGAAAGUGAAUACUGCGUCCAUUCCUCGCACGCCCUUAGCCCCAUUCUUGCCCAGAACCAGAUGAGAGGUGUCCCCGGUGGACCUGAAGCACUUUUACGCAGCCAGUCCCCGGAGCGCAGCGGAGAUCCUCGCCGAGGCGGAGCAGAGAGACGCGCCGCGCACACGCUCUGUCCGGCUCCCUCCGACCCCUCACGCCAGGCUAAACGGCUUCCUAUUCGGAUCGUAAAGAUGUUGACCGCUCACAGCGGCCACUUGCUGCACCCGGAGUAUCUCCAGCCUCUCACCUCCGCGCCCGUCAGCAUUGAACUGGAUGCCAAGAAGAGUCCUUUGGCACUGCUGGCUCAGACCUGCUCUCAAAUUGGCAAACCUGAUCCCCCCUCCUCCUCCAAGUUGGCCUCCCUCUCCUCUGGUAGUCUAGGUGACAAGGAGUCCAGCAGCCGGUCAUCCAAGCCUGGGGAGCAGCACCAGUCCCUGGAUGACAAAUCCAGCUUCAAGCCUUACUCCAAGUCCUCGGGGGAGUCUCGUAAGGACAUUCUGGUGACAAAGGGGCCAUCAGAUAAACCGGCUUUCAGGGUACCAAAUGGGAGUUCGAGUGGGGGCGGUGGUUUGUGUCCAUCCUUUCCUCCACAUUCCCGGUCACCUAGCUCUAGCUCUCCUCCCCUGCACGCUCAGAGCCAGCCCCACAGACAAAGCCAUUCCCCUUCCACGCAGCCCCCGUCGCACCCCCAGGCCCCGCACAUGGACAGAAAAACUGGGACUCCAGAUCAGGCCAGCUUGGACAGUAACAGCAACAACAGUGGCAAAAGGGACUCGGAUGCGUCUAAGUCGGCUAUGGACGGGGCUCAGCUGGCCAACUCCAGCCAGGUGCGGGCCAGCGCCAACUCCAGCAACGCCAGUUCCGCCUGCAGCCCCCGGCCAGAGAGCAAGGCCGACCCGCACGCCUCUACGCAGUCUGGCGUUGGCUCCGGACACAUCGCACCAGUUUCACCUUUUAAACCAGGACAUUCUGUGUUCCCGUUGCCGCCGGCUAGCAUGGGCUACCAUGGCUCCAUCGUGGGAGCCUACGCCGGCUAUCCCUCGCAGUACGUUACCGGCUUGGAUCAUACCAAGUCUACUUUGGGCUUAGGACUACCGGGAAAGCACCCCAGCUCCAGUCCGCUCACCGGGGCCUCCCCUCCAUCUCUGAUGCAGGGUUUAUGUCGGGACCCUUACUGUUUGAGUUACCCCAACGCGCCGCAUCUAGGAGGCAGUAACUGCUCCACGUGUGUCCACGAUCCUUCAAGCCUCAAGUCCGGUUUCCCCCUGGUUUACCCCUCGCAUCACCUCCACUCCUUACACUCAAGCGCCUUGUCCUCCAGCACCACCCCCUCCCUUUCCCACCCCCUGUACACGUACGGUUUCAUGAUCCCCAAUGAACCAAUGCCCCACGCUUGUAACUGGGUGUCCGUCAGUGGUCCGUGCGACAAGCGCUUCGCCACGUCAGAGGAGCUACUCGCCCACCUGCGUACGCACACAGCCCUGCCCGGGAUGGUGGACAGUAAGCUGUUGUCCGCCUACCCUUCGUCCGUGUCGUCCACAGCAUCGUGCCAUCUCCACUUGCCUCCCCCCAGCAGCCCGAGCAACUUACCCAGUUCCUUCUCGCUGCGAGGGUCUCCCGGCCUGAGCCUGGCCCGCUACCACCCGUACAGCAAAUCCCACCUGCCCGGAGCCCAGGGACUUCAUAUGCCGUCGCUCCAUUCCUCGUCGGCUUAUUACUCGCCCUAUGCCCUCUACAGUCAGAGACUGGGCUCUGCCUCGGCCCUGGGAUACCAGUGAUUCCCCAAAUGCUGCUAUCGCUCGCAGUCUGCUGGGGAUUCACGGGGACUCUUUAGAGCAAGCCCUAAAGAGGGAUCCUUGAGACUGAGGUCACCAGCAGCGCGGGGCGACGCGCCUGCCAGCCAGCCUGCCAGGAAUACCACCUGUUAUCCUCAGGAUUGUGACGGGUGCUCCGAAGGGAAAAGCCUGUGAUGGAGUCGUCUGCAGCAGAGCACCGACAGACUUUAAGUGAUUGAAGACGGCAGCAAGCAAAGCUUGAACGUUUUGAAAAUGUGGGAUCAUUACAACAAUCUAGAGUUUGCUUUUUCUUUCCUUUUUUCAAUAUCUGUCUCUCAGAAAUAAAAGACUGUAUUUAUUUUUAUUCAAGUGCUUGAGGGGGGGAAGGGGACUUUUGCUUUCCAAGUAAAAUUUUCUUAACUAUUCUAAGUGAGACAGAAUGAUUUAAGUAUAGUACAUUUAUGCCUAUCAUACACUCUAAAAAUAAAAAUGUUGCACCAUAAUAUAGAUGGAUUGUGAGGCUUUAUUCUGGGGACCUCUUUCUCUCUUUUUUUCUAUUCUUUUUUUGCUCUGCUGUUGUUUUUUUUUCUUUUUUUCAUCGUCCUCGACUGCAGACUCAGACUCUGGAGGAUUGCAUGUCUUUGAGAAUUAACCUGAACAAUGCUGUCAUUUUUAUUUGUAAAUAUGCAAAGAUGUAAUAUUUUUUCAAGCUUACAAGAGGUCAGCUAGUUGGGGCGACCAACGCAUAUGGUGUAAAGAUUAGAAGAAGAAAAAAAAUGUCACAAAUAAAACUGAUGGCUGUGCUAUCAGACCAACAGGAAAAGGUCUUAUUUUGGUAAAUAAAUGAUACAUG